UCAUAUCAUCAUCAUCAUCAACUUACAAAAAUUUGAAGAUUGUUUGUUUUGUUGUAGCAGCUAUAUCUAAUUAUAAUAUAUUAAGCAAUGGAAGGAGUGAUUUCGUUGGGAGCAUAUGGGAGUAGCACAGGUGGUGACCCUUGGAGCUACAAACUGAGUUGUGGAUUGAAAGAGAUAAUCAUCUAUGAAGAUAGGAAUAUCAAGUCCAUUUCCUUCAAAGACGCCUCUGGCUUUAUCUCUGGGACAUUCGGUGGCAACAACCCUGAUCCCUUAGAUAAGGGUCAAGAGAGAAAGAUUGUUUUGAACUGGCCCGUUGAAUAUUUGAUAUCCAUUAGUGGAACACAUGGUAAGUUCAAUGAUAUACCUGAUGAUGUUAUCCUUUCACUAUCUUUCCAAACAAAUCUCAAAACAUAUGGACCAUUUGGAACCACUACCGGCCGCGGUGAGCCUUUCACCGCCCCCAUAGGCGGGGAAGACAGCCUCGUAGUGGGGUUUUUCGGACGCUCUGGCUACUACCUUGAUGCUCUUGGUAUUUAUGUAAAACCCCAAGCAAACAUUUCCUUUGGGGAAUGGGGUGGUCCGGGUGGAGACCCUUUUGGUUUCACUGUGGGGAGAAGUUGGAUAAAACAGAUAACUGUCUACCAGGAUAGUUCAAAUAUCAAGUCUCUCUCUUUCAAGGACGGGAAUGACAACGAGUAUGGACCUUUUGGUGGCAACAAUCCUAAUAAUGUUGGUCUACCAACAACAAUUGAGUUUGAGCGAGGUUCUGCCGAGUAUUUGACAUCUAUAAGUGGGACAUAUGGAAAAUAUUUGAACUUGACAGUCAUCACAUCGAUAUCAUUUAUAACAAAUCUCAAAACAUAUGGACCAUUCGGGGGAGAAACUGGGACUCCUUUCUCCCUCCCAAUACAAGGUGGUGUCGUUGUUGGAUUCCAUGGAAAAUCAGGCGACUUCGUUGAUUCAAUUGGCGUCUAUGUCAAACCACAUCAGAAGAAUUAAGGUUGAAGAAUGGAUCUGGCUGAGGAAAUACGUAGAUUUGCACCUUUGUCGUACAAUCUAAGUGGAAGUACUCAUAUCACUACUACAUGUUCUUUGAAUUUCGAAUAAUGUACUUAUUUAAGUCUAUGUAAUAAGAUAGGAUAUAUAUAUAUAUAUAUCCUUGAUCCAUCGUACUCUAUGUACGUUUGAUAUAUUUAUAUAUAAAUAAUGGUGUGUUUGUAAUUGUAGUUCCACCACGUACGUGUAUGUGGGUUGCUUCAUAUCACUGCGCUGGGUUACUUUAUUAUGCUACAAUUGGUUAUAUGGCUUCAAUCAACAACAAUUCUAGUAUUACAAUUAAGAACUCUAGCCAUUUGUAAUGUUUAUUUUAAUGAAUAAAAACUCUGUCUUUCUUA